AUUUUUAUGGUAAAAAUAAAUUAAUUGUGUUUUUAAUGCUUGAAUAUUCAAAUCGUCAAAGUCCUGGAGAUCCAUCAUUUUGGCGAGUAUGUGAUCCUAUGACCAAUGAAUGUCAUUGUGAUUUUCGUAUGACUAUAUCAGAUUGUGUUGAAAGUGAAGCAUUAAAAAUUGUAAAUAUCUUUGACAUUGUUUGGUCUGGUGCUGCUACUGUUAUAGCUGGAGUCAUUUUAUAUUGGCGUUUAUUUCAUCGAAAUCAACAAAUACUUGAUUGUUCAAGUAGAAUACCUAGACCAAAACCAAUUGAAAGCAUGGCUGUGUUUGGUAUAUUAUUUAACGUCACUCGUAUUAUUCACGCAACUGUCUUAUUAACUAAUGUUGCCAAUAAUGCUAUCUUUCGUUCUUUUAUGUUUGAAUUACCUUGGCAAUUUGGUAUAACUGCUCUUUCCUGUUAUUUAUUUGGUGUUGCCAAUACUCUUUCUAAUAGUAGCAAUACUAUAUACAAGUCAUGGGUACGUUCUCAAACUCUUGUCGAUACCAUUUGUAUUACUAUGAUUACUUUACCUUAUAUUACUAUUAACCCUGUUGCCAUUACAGCUGGAUACUAUGCUCAAAGUGAAAACAAUGAACAAGCUAUUAUUUGGACAGAUACUAUUUAUUAUCUUUGGUUAAUAUAUACCUUCCUCUUAGGCAGCUUGAUUUUAUUUGCUGGUUUUCGUUUACUAAAACUUCUCAAUAAUCAUCUAUUGAUGCAGACCGAUCUUCGUGUCAAUAUUGCCAAAAUUAGAACUGGUGCGAUCAAGGUGAAAAUCAUUAUUGGUAUUGGUUGUUUCUGUUUAUGGGCUUUCACAGUAGGGAUUGCUCUCUAUGCUACUUCAAGAUAUGCAAUCAUGAGUAAUCCCAUUUAUACUAUUGCAUUGGCAACUUUUGCUUUAUUCAAUGGUCCUUUUGCUACUUCUGUUGUAGAGUUUGCUGUCCUACUGAAUCCUCAUAUGCUUCGUGGCCUUGCAAGUUUAUCAUUUGGUUCAUCAACUGGUUCACAAUCAUCACCAUCUGUCAUUGCUUUGGAUAGUCGACAACAACCACAACAAAAAGAAUUGACAAAUGAUGAAAGGAAAUAUGAUAUCACCAAUAUGACAACACCGGCUCAAUUGGAUCAAUGGAAUCGAUUCUUCACCAAAGACAUAAAUAAUGACACAACAUUGACAAAUGAUCACAACAAAUCCGAUAAUUAUACCUCUCAUAACAAUCUGGGUUAUUCUUUAUCAUCUUAUCCCACCAGUCCAUCGACUACAGAUAUUCCUUUUCCUGCAUCUACCUACCAGAAAUCAAUAGCACCGUUACACCAUCAUUCAAAUAUCGGUCAGAUCUCGGGUUCUAUAGGGUUUCAAGAUACCGACAGUCCAACUAUGUCCAAAGUGGAAGAGGAACAAUUUUACUAUAAUGCUAUGACCAAUCAAAUGCGAAUGCCUCCUCAUUAUUCUUCUUCUGAUGAUCGUCGAUUUACUGAUGGCAAUGGUUCUUUUACUUCAGAAAUUUUGGAUAGUUCAAGUAUUUCCGUCACCUAUUUAGUGGAUACACCCUAUACCAACAAAAUUCAUUGAUAUCUCUGUUUUUUUUUCUUAUUUAUUAUUUUUAUUUUUUUUAUAUAUGAUUUUUGUUUAAAUAGUUCUUAUGUCGUAUUUUUUUUUAUUUGUUUCUAUUAUUAUGUAUAUCUUUAUUGCUUUUAAUUAAUAAACUGGUGCUUCAUAUUAUAUUGUCA